AUUGAAUUGAAUUGAAGAAAAAUGGCAAAGGUUUUGAUGCUGAAUUUGCAGAAGCUUGCUCUCACAAAUUUAACUGCUGAUGUUGAGGCGUUUUUGGCCGAGGGGCCGGACUACGCGGCGCUGUACGGGGCGCUGCGCACAGCUGCCGGGCAGCUGCAGCACCGGGCCGCGCAGCUGUCGGCCGAGCAGCAGCUGCAGCUGCUGGCCGCCUCGGACAGAUGCUGCGCCGCCGUCAUCGCCGUCCCCGAGGACCUGGUGAUAAAGUUCUGCGACCAGGUCUACUUCUUCACCUACACGUGCGCCCUAAAGGAGCACCAUGAGCUGGUGCUAUCGUUCGCGGGACACCUGGACAGACUGCUGCCGAGCGAUCCGACAGCCACUCCGGCGGCGCCCGUCUUCCUCAACCACUCGAACCUGCUGCUGAAGACGGCCUACCAGGCGCGCUCGGCGCCGCUGGCGGCCGGCCUGCUGCGCGCCAGCCUGCGCAACCUGCUGCUCAGCCGUCCCGGCGCCGACAAACUGUCCCAGACGGCGCACCAGGUGGCCGAGUGGGGCCGCAGCCGGCCCGCCGCCGCCGCCGCCGCCGGCCUGCCCGAGCAGCUACUGACGCUGGCGGACAGCGCGCCGGCCGAGCACGCGCCGCUGGUGGCGCUCACCGCCGCCCGGCUGGCCUGCUGCGGCGCGCUGCCGUCGGCGGCGUUCACGGCGCACCUGUGGCGGCUGGCGGCGCACUGCCGGCCGCUGCGGCUCGUGACGGCGGUGUUUGGCGCGCUGACCGGUCCGGGGGAGGGUGGGGAGGCCGCGGAGGUGGAGGAUGUGGCCGGGGAGGAGCUGGCCGGUGAGGCGCUGUACACGGUCUACUACCUACUGCAACAGCUGACAGCGACCUCCGGCACCAGCCGCCCCGCGGUGUCUGCGGAGCUGGCGCGGCGGGCCUGUGACGCCGCCCGCCUGAUGACCGUCUGCCCGCUGCCCCCGCGCGUCCCGCUGUCCGUGGCUGUACGCGCCUGCAGCUGCGCCCACACGCUGCUAGUCGAGGUGGCCCGCUCCUCGCCGGCGCCGGCCGCCCUGGUGACGGCGGCGCUGAGCCUGCUGAGAGCAGUGACCCCGCUGGGAGAGCGACUCAGUGACGAGGAACGCGCCCGCUGGUCGGCCGUGCUCGUGACGUUCUCGGGUAAUCUGGGCGUGGUGAAUAUGCGCGCCGGUCACGAUGACGAGGGUAUGGAGGCGCUGAGUACCUUCCUGGAGUGUGCUGCGGCCGCCGCCGACCCCAGCGAGGUCAAGUCGUCGAGCGUGUCGAGCAAGACCCAGCUGCUGGUGGACGCCCAGCGCGGCCGGCAGCAGUUCGAGGCGGCGCUGCGCUGCCUGGCGCGCGCCGUGCCGCUGGCCUCCGACCACCUGCCGCAGCUGCUGACCGCCUGGGCCAAGGUGAAACGGGACGCCGCCAGCCGACAGCAGACAGACUGCAUGAAGGUGACGCUGCCCCAGCUGAUGGCCGAUGUGGGCUCUGACCGGCCUCGGCCCGGCGCCGGCGACUCUGCGCCGAGCACCGCCCGCCUGCUGCAACUGGAGGUCAAACACUACCUCAGCGUCAGCGGUGACCUGAGCGAGGCGGUGCGCGCGGCGCUGGUCCACUACGGUCAGCUGCAGCUCAGCCCGGCGCAGCGCGCCUGGAUGCUGGUCACACGGGCUCAGGUCGGGCUGUGUGGCGCGGAACAGGCGGCCGCCGAGUGCGCAGAGGCGGUCGCCAUGCUCGCGGAAAAGAUCGGUCAGUCGAAAAAGUCUUCUCUGCGGCUGAACCUCUGCAUGGCCAACUACUAUCUGUGUAUCAACAGGAAGAAAGUCGAGAUCCAGGCGGCGAAGCUGUCGCCGCUAACACAGGUCAGCCAGCGACCGGCCGCGCCUGACGACGAGGUCGACCUGGACGCGUCGUGUACCGUGGUGCCCGACUAUCUGUCCAUCAACCUGGACCGGGAGGCGGCCACCCUGCAGCCCCUGCAGGCCGUCCUCGGACUGGCAGAGAGCCUCUUCGAGACGAAGGGGCCCGAGUCUGAGCUGCACCCUGCCACGGACCUGCUGACGGCAGUGACCGGCGCCGCUCAGAUCUACACGGGACUGGGCUAUCAGCUGCAGGCGGCCAGGGCCUGGAGAGCCGUCUACAGGGCCGGACAGCAGCUGAAAGACACCAACGCCUGCAUCACAGCCGCCUCUGAGCUGCUCCAGUCGAACCUGUGGCCGGAGGAGGAGGACCUGACUCCGGUGGAGGCGGCCGUCACCGGGUCCUCCGACCGACUGGUCGUCCUCCGCUGGACGCUGGCCAAGGCCUGGGGGCACUACCACCUGCAGCAGGUGUCGUCGGCGCUGCCGCUGCUGGACUCUGUGCUGGAGGACCCGGCACUGCUCACCCGCAGUAUCCCCUAUUUCCGGGUGGCCGCCGAGGCGUACCGGCUGGCCUCUCUGUGCGCCUGCGUACCGUCCAGCCGCGGCACCAACACACUGGAGAUGGCCGGCGUGGCGGCCUUCCACGGCGCCUGCGUCAGCGCUUGGCUGGCGGCCGACAAACCUGCCUGUCUGGCGGAGCACCUGCACGCGCUGGGCCUGGUGUUUGACGCCGUCCGGCACGUGGGCGCCGUCCUCACCUGGAUGCACUGCCCGCGCGAGGUGCGCAGCUACGUCCGAGACCAGAUGGAGGCCGCGUACAGAGUGGCCGCAGCGCUCAGGACGGCCGAGUUUCUGUCGCAGCUGAUCGAGGCGGACCUCCUCUGUGAGGACGGUGAGGACACCCAGAUCAAACUAAACUCGCUGCGGCACAUCGUGCUGGACGCUCCGUCCGCGCGGCGUCAGAAGCAGCCGGUCCUGCUGGCCGCCGACACACCGCCGGCGCCGCCCACCGUGGCCUCCUCGCGGGGCCGCGGCCGCGACCUGGCCGUGUCGGUCGGCUCGGUAGGCUCGCCGCUGGGCCGGGACGCGCGCUGGCUGCAGGGCCAGCCGCGCUGCACGUCUCCCCGGCUGCGGCGCGCGCGCUUCAGUGCGCCGGCGCCGCUGAACCACCCGGCCGGCUGCGGGUGCGCGGCGUGCGCCUGUCCGCGCCGCCUGCUGCUGCUCUUCUCGCUCAGCCUGCAGACGGCGCGCGCCGCCGUGGUGCAGGACGAUGUCGACCAGGCGCUGGAGUUCUGUGCAGGGGCCGACGAGUGCUACCCGCUGCUCGAGGAAAAGAUGCGCCGGGCGGCCGUCUCGUGUCUGGGCCAGCUGCGGCCGCGGCAGCUGGACGGCCUCCUGGAGCCGGGCCGGGUGCUGCGCUGUCGCGGACGUCUGGCGCACGCCGCCAUCUGCCUGUGGUUCUCCCGGGCGCGACUGGCGCAGCACGUCAACCGCAAGGCGCUGGGCGUGCUCCAACAGAGCUCCAGCAGGACCCAGCUAGUAUCGCGGCACAUGUACUUGCUGACAGAAAUUUGGAAUCAGAAGCUUCUGAUCGAUAAAGUUUUGAGCGAAGAAGAGGAUGAUGAGGUGGCGACGAUUAGUAGAGGUAUGGACCAGCUGACGACCACCGACAGUGCGGCGCACGAGGAGGUCUCCCCGGGCCGGCGGACUCCCACGCCGGCCGCGCCGCCCGAGCCGCCCGCCGAGCCGCCGCGCCGGCCGGUCAAGCGGGCGGGCCGGGUCCGCACGGUGCCCGCGCCCGUGCCGCCCCCGCCCACACCACCGAGCCCGCGGCUGGUGCGCAGCACGCGCCGCCGGGCCGCCGCCGUGCGGUCCGAGAUCCAGGAGUGUCCGCCGCCGCCAGCGCUGGACGACACGGCUGCGACCCCGGCCAAGGAGCCGGCGCCGCGCGCCACCCGCGCCCGCCGCCGGCCCCGCUGAGCGCCGGGGGGGGGGGGGGGAGACACGGGACAGUGGUCACUGGACAGUACCGGGAGCGGGCGGCGCUCCGUCACUGCAGAGGUCGGGAGGUUUGGGGACCGAGGGCCGACACUGCGCCCGUGGCUCCGACAGGCUGCGGUCGCCGGUCGGUAGCUGCAGAUUGUGAGGCACUAUAGAGUGGCAAGGCGUCAGGAUCGUACGUCCUAGGAUUGUUCAGUAGCUAGAUCAAAUGUGUCAAGCCAUAUCAGCGGGUACCACGGGUUGAUACCAGUUCAUAGUUUGUGAUUCACUGUGCUGCGAUUGAUGAUGUAACCAUUACGUAAAGCCGAUCAAUAGAUUUUUAAGCUGAGGUCCAAUCAGUAUAGGAGGCACUGAUCCAAAUUCAGCAGUACCUCCUAAAUCGUAAUAACCCCUCUCCCUUUCACGCGCUUGGCUUCCUGGCGGCCAAUGAAAGAGUGCCUUAUCAUCAGCUGUGGCCUGCGUAGAUGGAAGGCAUGCUUAGUUUACACUAUUGCACACUUUCUAUCUUCCUGUGCCCGUCUAAUCACCAACACAGUGUGAAGUUAUCGUAGCAGUACAAAUAAAAUGUGUUCAUUGGUCAU